CCAACGCAGCACUUUCCAUCUUUGCAAUACACCAGCCACAGCUCAAAGGACAUACGGCCGCUGCUCUAACAUUGCGAGCUUUAACCUACAACAUUAUAUAGGCUCACGUCUUCCAAAUGGCCCCAAACCUCAAGCAAAGGCUCGCUGCACUUUCGUUGGCUCCCUCCUCUCCGACUUCGCCUUUCGGUUCACCUCUUAACUCACCCGGAGGAAGGAGAAAAGCAAUAUUCAACCCACCCUGGAUGAGGAGGAAUAGCCAUGAUGCUGCAAAUGAUGAGCCAGUGACUCAUGAACGGAUGCAGGACGUCAUGUCCAAAGUAAUAUUCCAGGCCGGUGUAGACUUUGAAACAAGACCGAUGGUUGUCCUUAAUGCAUCCGCGCUCCCAGACCCUCGUGAGGUCUCCUACGAUUUAUUACUAUCACGAAUACUCUCAUAUUUAGACUUGUAUGUCGAAUCCGACUAUACGGUUGUCUUUUUCGCUGCCGGUGGGCGUCAUGCGCCCGGCUGGAAUUGGGUUUGGAAAGCAUAUCGAAGUCUUAGUCGAAAGUAUCGCAAGAAUCUCAAACGUUUGUAUAUAGUACAUUCGUCUUUCUUCUCGAAGAUGUUAUUCUCUCUGGCUGGAGCCAUCAUCAGUCCAAAAUUUUUCCGCAAAAUAAUAUAUAUCAAUACCCUUUCUGAAUUAGCGUGUCACGUUCCUCUGACCCAAAUCGACAUAUCGCCACCAGUAUAUCAGGAGAAUUUAAAGCACGAAAGGCAGAUCAACCUCCCGACUCCAAGUCGUGCGAGCAUUUUCGGGGUGCCUUUGGAGGAUCUAAUGGGCUUCGAUGGAGAAAAGGGAAGUGUCCCACGAGUAGUGAAAGAUUGCAUUCAGUUCCUGCGUGAUACAGGCAUGCAGGAAGAAGGUUUAUUCCGGCGAUCACCUAGUUCAGCGUUAUUGAAGCAAGUCCAAGAUGCUUACGAUAGAGGUCAAGUGGUAUCUCUUCAAACAUUCAAUGACCCACAUCUUGCAGCAGUAUUGCUGAAGAAGUAUCUACGGGACCUUCCGGAGCCUCUAUUUCCCGAAAAACUUUAUCCAGAAAUACGACGUUGUCCUUGUCCAACAGAUGACCCCGGUGAUUUGGCAAGCGUGGCAUACGUUCGUGAAUCGCUGUUGCCCCUGCUGUCACCGUGUGUGUACAUUUUGUUGAGUCACAUUCUACAUUUGAUGCACGAUGUAUCAUUGCGAGUGUCAGUCAAUCGGAUGGACGCACACAAUCUAGCAGUCGUCUUGUGUCCCAACCUCGUUGCAAGCCCCAACCCUGCAAAGGAUGUACUGAUGUGCACCGUCCCUGGUGCGCCUACCUUGUAUCAAACCCAAUCUUCAUCGUCUUCCACUUUAACCGGGUCGUCCUCAUCUGCAUCCAACUCAGUGGAGGGUAAGAAUACGUUGGGUGCCGUGAUCAAGUUGUGCAUUAAACGUUACUAUGAGAUUUUUGACGAAGUUCAGGACCGUGCGGAGGCUGUACGGCCGACUGUUAGCGCUUCAGCCUCCCCAUCACCUUCCCCCUCCCCUUCCCCUCCUGCGUCGUCUGCAUCCUCAGUCUCGUGGACGAAGCAGAACCAACGUAUCAGUUUGAAUGGUGACGAUGAAGACAUUGACGAUGCGAUGUUGGUGAUGCCCAUUGGGCCUAGUGGCAACGGUGCUGCUUCGAUGGCUUCGAACGGGAGAUCAUCAUCUACACCACGCGCAUGGGCAUCAUCUACUACGAGCGUAGGCGAAACUGGGAGCGCUGUUCCAUACAAGCCACGGCAGCGCAAGUCUCCUGCUAACGGCUCACGCUCUGUGUAUACAUAUACAGAUGGUGGCGCUGGCGGGAAUGUGUUUGGCACGCGAGCGAAGACGAGGUCGGUGAUUAGUAUUGAGCGGGCUGCGAUCGGGAAUGGGAGGGGUUCGAUAUCUGUUGGGAGGGGUACGAUGAGGAAGAGUGGGGGGUCUGGAGUGGAGGCGGUUGGUGUCACUGCUUCUGGCUUUUUCACUCCGCCAGGGUCUGCGCCUCCUGUACCAUCUCUUACUGGGCGAAGCGGGUGAGGGCUCCAGGAGU